UAAAGCUUUUCUUACAAUGUCAACUUCUUCUAUGCUCCUUCAUGUAGAGUUUAAUAAAUCUGAUUAUGAACAAGUGCCUACUUGUAUGAAUAAAGCCAAAGCUGAAGCUGAAGUCAGUAGUAAAUUACUAACUCAAUCAAAAGGUAGUAAUAGAAGUAAAACUAUGUAUCUCAGGUAG